CAGUUUAAUUUAGCAUGUCGUACGGGUCACAGAUGAGCUCGCAGUAAUAAAAAAAGGAAACAAAAUUCUCAGUGUUAAAAUAAAAUCUUUUGAAAAACGCGCGUGACUAAAAAUUUAGAGUUACGUGGCUCAGUGACCUAUUUGCCUCUAUAUUGUUAUAAUAGUAUAAAUACGCGUUUGAAAAAUUUCCAGUGUUUCUAUAUUGAUAUUGAAGUAUGCCGUCGUAUAAGGAUAUGUCUUUGGUGCGAGCUGGUCUGCGGUUGAUGGGUAGUCGCAGUGAUAUCGGGAAGUCGAUGGUGCCGCUCUGUCGCAGCUAUGCCUCCUGCAAGAAACCCAAGGGCGUGGUGGUGGGCGUCUACUCCAAGGAUGGCGACAAGCCGCCCAAGACCACUGCGAAUGCGGUGACCCUGGAUGAUGCCCUCGGAGGCAAACUGUUGACCCUGAUCCGUGAGCGUGGAAUGGACGGUUCGGUCGGCAAGGGAUUGCUAUUCAGCGGCUUCGAGGGCGAAUUCCAGGCGGUGGCCGUCGUCGGAGUUGGCAACCAGGGUGCCUCCUACAACGAGAACGAGGAGCUCGAUGAGGGCAUGGAGAAUGUGCGAGUGGCGGCGGGCACUGGAGCCCGGGCCCUGCAGCUCCAGGGGAUGUACGAGGUGCAUGUGGACGCCAUGGAGUACCCGGAGCAAGCGGCCGAGGGUGCAGCAUUGGCCGUCUGGCGGUACAAUGCCAACAAGAGGAAGAAGAACCGCAUCAUGACGCCCAAGCUGGAUAUGUACGGCAAGGGCGAUCGGGAUGCCUGGGUGCGGGGUCUCUUCAAGGCCGAAUCCCAGAAUCUGGCCAGGCGUUUGUCAGACACUCCUGCCAACAUGAUGACCCCCUCCAUUUUCGCCCAGGCCGCCGUGGAUGCCUUAUGCCCUUGCGGAGUCUCCGUGGAGGUUCGCUCUAUGGAUUGGAUUGAGGAUAUGAACCUGAACUCCUUCCUGAUGAUCGCCAAGGGUUCGUGUGAGCCUCCCCUGCUGCUGGAGUGCAGCUACUGCGGCACCUCGCCCGAAGAUCGUCCUGUCCUGCUCCUGGGACAGGGUCUCACUUUCCACAGUGGCGGGCUGUGCCUGAAGCCCAAGAAGGGAAUGGAUAUGUACCGAGGAGCCAUGGCUGGAGCUGCUGUUUGUGUGGGCGUCCUUCGGGCCGCCGCCGCCCUUUCGCUGCCCAUGAACAUCACGGCGGUGAUGCCGCUCUGCGAGCACAUGCCCUCUGGAAUGGCGGUCAAGUGCGGCGAUGUGGUGACCCUGCUCAAUGGCACCACCAUGGGCAUCAAGAACGUGGACAAGGCGCCGGUGGUGCAGCUGGCCGAUCCCCUGCUCUAUGCCCAGGCCACCUUCAAGCCCAAGCUGGUCAUCGACAUCGGAUCGGUGGCCAUGGGUGUCAACUAUGCGGUGGGUGGAGGAGCCAGUGGCCUGUGGACCACCUCCAAGUCGGUGUGGCAGAACUUCAGGAAGUCUGGCGGUCUGACUGGCGAUCGCAUCUGGCGUUUCCCGCUGUUCAAGUACUACAAGCAGAUCGUCAACAAGAACAUCACCUAUGACCUUUGCAAUACUGGCCGGGGUCCUGCCAGCUCCUGUCUGGCCGCUGCCAUCCUGCACUCCCUGGUUCCCUGCGUGGAUUGGGCCCAUCUGGACAUCCGGGGCACCGGCAUGACCACCAAGAUCAACCCCAGGCCCUACCUGCUGAAGGACUCGAUGACCGGACGUCCGACGCGCACUGUUAUCCAGUUCAUGUACCAGAUGGCCUGUUCCGGCCAGUAGAACCCUUCCUCUAUGGACACCUCAUUUGUGGGCCUGUGUUGUAGCUUGGCCCAUGUAUUCGAUAUUUGAUUCUUUGGUACUGUGUUUGCACGCAACUAAUCUCUGGCCUGGGAUAGCGAUCAUCGUGAAUGUGCACAUUAAUAUCGUUAACAAUAAAUUGUAUGAAUUAUGAGGAUAACAAA